GUUACAGGGUAGAUCACCCAAACCUGACAAGUGGGAGCUUCUUCAGCUGGGCAGUGGUGGAGGCAUGGUUGAACAAGUCAGUGGGGACUGUGAUGACGAAGAUGGUUGCGGGGGAUCAGGAAGCGGAGAAGUCAAGAGGACACUGAAGAUCACAAACUGGAUGCCAGAUGAUAUGAACUUCAGUGAUGUAAAGCAAAUCCAUCAAACAGACACUGGCAGUACUUUAGACACAACGGGAGCAGGAUGUGCAGCGGCGACUGAAUCUAUGACAUUCACUCUGAUAGGUGUGGUGAUGUUACUUCCUGGGAUUUGGUAACUGAACUCGUCUGUCCUGACAUACCUUACUGAAGUCUCGAUUUCUUCUCUCUCUGCAUAUGCCAGGAAUAAGAGAUCCUUUUUCAAUGUAACAAUUAUAUUUAUGAAAAGAUAUGUCACAUUAACUUCUCAGAAGCCAAGCUGAAAUAGUCAUAAAGUCCCUAAAACUCAACGUUUAAAUGACACACUUUAAAAGUAUGUCUUUUUUGAAUCUAACUGAAAACCUUCUUAACUUCUAAUAUAUUAAAUCUGAAGAUGUGAAGGACACAGAAGUGACUUUGAAUAAGAAGCAUUUAGUGUAUCUGUAAUUUUAUUAUCAAUUCCAAGCCCCUUCCUUUCUAAAUUAAAAAUGUUCUCAUUUGAAAGUGUAUUUGCCAGACAAUGAAAACCGUAUGCAGUAUUUCUUAAAGUACUGAAAUUAGAACAUCAUGAAAUCAAUCAAAGCAUACAAUGGCAAGUAGUAUGCAUGCAUAUUCAAGAGACUCUUCCAUUUUUGCAAGCUGUAGAAGGAAACGUCUGAAUGUCUCUAAGUUAUGGGGUAGAUUCUUGAGAAGCGUUUCACAUAAUUUCACUGAAGAACCUUGAUAAUUUUGACCCACUGUAACUUAGCCACUGAUGAACCUUAAAGCUCAGUAUUUUAGUGACGUCUGAUUUGUAUUCCAUUAUAUUCAAAAUGCAUCUUUGGUAUUGUGCCUCUGCUCCCGCCUCUCUCUUUGCCUCAUAGAUUUAGCUAUGUUGGGAAGCACAUGCCUGCUCUAGGAAUAUCUCCAAUAAAGCUGUUAAUUAUUUGGUG